GUUCGUCGUUUUUGAGCUCAGCGAGUUGCCGUACAAUUGGCGGGUACUGCAAAACGUAAACAGAGGAGACUGAAAAUGGAGGAAAGCGAAGUAGCGACAUCAAAAGCGACUGUAGAUAACGAUGGCAUAAAAGAGUCAUCCGAAAACCAGAUGAAAGAUGCUACUGAAGAAGUUUCUUCACAAAUGUCGAGUUCUGGCUCCGAGUGUAAGCCGUCCGAGAAGACAGAAGUGAAACAUAACCGGUUGAAAUUGUUCGACAAAGUGAUGCAGAAAAGCCUCGAAAGGUUCAUCCAACAUGUCAGGUAACGUGCUACUUAUCAGUUUGAAGAUAGUUCCCAACCGUCAAUGUAAAAAUUUGGAAGUGAAAUGUGUUUUAUUUAAGCAUGUAUCACCGAAAAACCAACAAGAACAAAGAGAGGCUGUAAGCAGACAACCCUCCAUAUUCUCUCAUCCAGUUACUGUAUAACUGCAAAAUUAGAGCUGUUACUGAAUAGGACCCUGUCAACCAACUCUUUUAUUCAGUUUAUUUAUAUAUAUGAAUAAGUUUAUUCAUCACUCCAGUAGGGGAGAGUGCGGUAAGUUGAGCCAAAGGGUAAGUUGAGCCAUCCCCUGUUACUUGGAAAAGGUAAAAGACAUUGAUCAUGUGACCAAAUAUUUAGAGACGGGCAUCAAUUCAUGGAGUCUGUGAAGGGGUUAGACUUUUAUUUCAAAAAAACAUUUUUCUCUCUUGAAAGUGAAUUUAGUCUGUCAUAAGUUUUAUUAGAAUUGUGUUCAGACCAAAAAACAUCGUUUUAAAUAUGUUUCAUACAUCAAAUGUUGUAUCUAUGAGCGACAACAUGAGGUCAAAAUUCUAUCAUAAAAGUCCACCAUUUUAGCUUAGAGGACUAAUUAAGUCAUCAUAGUUGUUCCGGGGUAAGUUGAGCCAGUUGAAAUGGCUCAACUUACCUCACUCCUAUGGUCAACUUACCCCAUGUAUGGGAGACCACUUUUGUUUGGCAUGCUAUAUUAUCAAGACAGUUAUGUUUACACUCAUUCUGUUGGUUUGCAGGAAUGCACAGCAUCUUGAAAUAUAUGCAGAUACACUAAAAUGCAGAAAACUAUGAUUGCCUUUAUCUAGUGAUCGGAAAUAUGAAAAAUGUCUCAUCUUACCCCACUCUCCCCUAUUGUAUUAUUUGGCUUCUGCAUUGUAAGAGAAGCUAUACUUUGGUGUACUCUUUAUUUUCAUUUACAUUGUGUUUGUUUGCAGUUUUAACAGAUUUGCCAGCAUGUUUCGCCCCCUGUACAAGAAGAAUCCUCAAAUGAUGGAAAACAUUCACAAACAGUUCAUAGAGGAGCUGCAAGGAGCCAUAAAGGUGUGGAGCACAUCCUGUUGACAUUGCGUGUGAACAUCCAUGUAAAAUGCCUUGUUUGUAUUUAAAUUGUGAAUGCAGUUAUCACUGGUCUGCCUGACUGUUUUUACAUAUUUACUCAAUUUUGUGCGUCUGUGUUUUUAAAGGAGGACAUCAACAGGUUGAUUGAAGAAGGCCGGCUGGAGUUUAAACUGAAUGAGCUGGACAAACUGGAGAGGGCUGCAAAAGACAAUCCAGAACCUGCAUGGUCAGUCAACAGCAUUAUUAUCUAUAAUAUAGAAUGUACCAGUGGUUACAUCUCAAAACUUUGAUUUCUAUAUCAUUUGUAGUUUUCGUCUCACUCCAUAACUGUACCUUAGGUCCAAUGACUUUCUUAGUUUCUUUGUUUAUCAGGACAGCAACAUUUUCAUUUUGCAGCAUUAAUAAUACAACUAUUUUAUCCUUCAACCUGUAUUUUUGUUCUAUCAGGCGGCCAAGCGGCAUUCCUGAGCAGGACUUCUGCUCAUUUUUGAUGCCAUAUUAUCAAAAGCAGGAAGCCUACAUGCGACUGGAGCUGAAAAAGAUUCAGGCUGAGAAUGCUGCACUCGCACAAAAGGUUCAGGCUGGUAGAGAGAGUAUCACUCAGACUGAACAUCAUAUUUCUACCGCUGUCGAGGAGUGGAAGGUAAGGGGAAAAAAAUAAUUAUAUGUAAUCAUAUGUAGUUGUAUUUUUAGGCGGGGCAUGUGCCGCCUCUACUCAGAUAUGUUCUUGAAAGUAAAUCUAUUAAAGUUCUUUCACAAACCAGACUCAGACAGACUUAAAAUGGUGUACAAAAUGUUAACAAAACAGAUUUUGGUAUAUGACACCAGGAACAUAUUUCAAAAAGUUGAGAAAAGUAAACCAAAACCGUUUCGAAGCAUGGAGUUGGAAGGCAACUGGAGGGACAUCUUCCAGCCACUUACGUUAAUCUUCCCAAAGUUAUCAUUGCUUUCAAACCAUCCAAAUCACCCUUAUAGAAAGUCCCACAAUUCUCAGGGUUUGGACUGUAAAAGUAACUUUACUGAAAAAACACCCCUACACAAAUUUUUCAUUCAUUUGCAAACUGAACAGUAUUUAUCUGAAGCUGAAUUUUGAGACCUAUUAAGACUGGAUAAUUUUAUAUUAAAUUUAUUUAAUGAGUCUCACAGUGACUGUUUCUCAAACUUGAAUUUUUCUCUAUUUGCAUUUUGCUUUUUCCUGUCUUUUAGGCAUCAGUCACUGAAUUUGAAAGGCUGGUCUCUUCUCUCUGCCCUGCUGAUGUCUUCGAUGUAUGAUCUUCAUAAUUGGCUGAUCUCGGCAUAUGUUAACUUGUUUUAUUGUAAAUAUGAAUUCUGUUCACUUUAUCUGUUAUCAUACUAAACAAAAUUCGUGGAAAUAAAAACAAUUUGUUUUUGAUCAGA